AAAACAACUCAGCUCAGCAAAAGUCAACUACUUUUGUUUUAUCUUAUUUGAAUAUCUAGAAACUAUGUUAUAGAACUUUUUACAAGAAAAAGUGCCGGAAAAUUAUCCACUUUCGUAUAGUGUUGAUUCGAUCGGCACAUGCGCUAACAGAAAAAUAACUGAAUUCGUGAUGUCGGAUAUGUACAUUGUGAACAACACUUCUCAAAACAUGCCUAGCACUGUUCCAGCCUUUCUUACAAAGCUAUGGACACUUGUAGAAAACCCUAUGGUCGAUGAUUUGAUUUGUUGGGGCGAGAAUGGAACUAGUUUCCAUGUUUAUGAUCAAGGCAGAUUUGCAAAAGACAUUCUACCACAUUACUUCAAACACAGUAAUAUUGCCAGCUUUAUAAGGCAACUAAAUAUGUAUGGUUUUAGAAAAGUUUCUCACAUAGAACACGGAAUCAAAGAUGAAGCAGAUGACCUUGAGUUCCAACACUUGUACUUCAUUAGAGGCCAGCAACAUUUGUUAGAUAAGAUCAAAAGAAAAAUAGCAGGGACAACUGCACAAGUGAAAACUGAGCCAAUGCAGGAAGUUCCACAACACGAUCUGACCAAUGUAAUUACAGAGGUCCAAGUGAUGAGAGAAAAACAAGAAACUGUCAAUACAAAACUUUCCUCAAUGAAGAGAGAAAAUGAAUUAUUGUGGAGAGAAGUAGCCUCCCUUAGACAGAAACAUGUCAAACAGCAACAAAUUGUCAACAAACUAAUCCAGUUCCUGAUCCAUUUAGUUGGAGGUCGAUCUGGAAUAGGCCUCAAUUUGAAUAGGAAAAGACCUCUUAUGUUGUCAGACUCGAAUCAAGCCUCUCCGCCUUCUAAGAUGAAGAAAUAUGCAAAGAAUGAUCUACCUGUGUACUCUGUUCAGAGUCCUGAAAGUGCCCAGAAUGCUGAUGGAGGACCUGUUAUAUCAGAACUACCAGAUCAGGACGUCUUCUUGAAUAGGAAUCCUGUAAACCAAACAGCACCUUCCAAUUUGUCAGAUAACAAACCAAUAUUUACAGCUGAACCUACAUACACAGCAGAGCAAUUGCCUAACAGACAGGAUUUAUCAACCAAUGAUUGGAAGCUUCCAUCUGACCUGCUACAUGUAGCUAGUGAUAUACUAGACUUACAGGAUUUAAAAGAUUUACCGACAGAUCUGAACACACCAUCACCAUCAAUUAAUCCUCCAUUCUCUGGUGACCCUGCUACAGAUACAAACUAUCUGUCCGGACUUUUACCAAACACAUCACCAGAAAAUUCAUUUAAUCAGAGUUUACAGCAAAAAGUGAAACCACCAUUUGGUAGACAACAGUCAAUACAUGACCUGAAUGAUCAUGUUGAUACACUACAGUAUGACUUGGACGGACUACGUGAUGUCUUAUCUAGCAAUCAGUACAGUAUAGAUCCAUCAUUUCUCUUAGGGCUUUUUAAAACAGAUUCAACGUUAAGUGAACAAGAUGUAAAUAAUGUGAUCAACAUAAUGGACCCAGACAAUAUAAAAACCGAUGAUCAUGAACAUGAUGAGAGUGGACUAAAUACUUCAGGAAGUGAACUGGUUCAAUACAAACCAGACGUGUUACCAGAUUUGUUUGACCUGGCCAGUCUAACGAAGGAUGACGAGGAUGUGAUAUCUAACUCAUUGGGGGAUGUGGGGGAUAUUCCUCAAAUGCAAAGGACAUUUACACAACAGCAUGUACCAGCUGACGACUUGGAUUAAAGUGUUAAUAUAACUUAUUGUUGGAUGUUUGAAUUUGUUGGGGAAUACUUUUGUUGAACUUGAUAAAAAACAAUAUGUACUUAGCUUUUCAAAAAAAUAUGUUAGUGAGUUCAAUUGUAUAAGGAUUUGAUGCAAUGUUUUUGGUUUGAAAUGUUAUUUUUGAAAAAAAUCAAAUUUGAUAUGAAAUAAUGAAUUGUCUUUCAAUAAUUGCCUAAGAACAAAGUUUGAAAAUAUUACUUUAUUUCAUUUGUUGAAUAUAGGAUAUAAAAACCACUGUAGUUAGAACUUUAGUGAACAUUUUUUUCUAUCAUUUUGAAAUGAAAGUGAAGAAGGACAGCAGUUGUAAGGUUAAAUGGAAAAAACACAUUCAUAUGGCUUUGUAGCUUUAUUUAUUAAUUCAUGCAUAGGGUUAAAGCCAUUGAUGAGUCAUUGAAGGGUGUAAUUAAUAAAUGGAAACCAAUUUGCCAAACAAAUUAUACAUAAGUUCUAAUAUAGGAAAUUAUAUGUAAUUUCAAAAACUAAACCAAAGAUCAGUAAGUCAGUGGUCAAUAAUUGAAAGGUGAAUUUAGCCAGUGGUAAAGACAUGGUUAUUUUUGUUUGUCAUUAAGUGUAUAUAUACGUAAGACCCUAAAUCAAUAAAGAAUUGGAUAUAUUUUUAUUUUUUGUUAAUUCUAAUAUAAAUCAUGUUAAUAAUGGGUGUUCAAUUGUCUUUUGCUAAAAUAGAAACAUGAUAAAUCUUUUGGUAUGUUGUGAAGGUUUGAAAUAGUAUGUUUUACUGUUGAUAGGAUCACAGAUUUGGCGACACUCAGCAUAUUCUCAACUCCUCAUGAAAAUACAUGUAUAUAUUGCAAUAUGGGUAAAUGGCAUGAAUUUUUUCUUGUGAACAAUUAUCUUAACCAUGCCUACUACUUUUUUUUUAAUUUCAUAACAAAUGAAUGUGCAUAUGCAUCUACUUCAUUUUGUCUCUGGUGGAGAGUUGUCUCAUUGGCAAUCAUACCAUAUGUUAAUUUUAUAAAAAUGCAUUUAAAAAGAUUACCAUAUUAUACUUGUACAAUCAGCAAUACUGAAUGCAUCUCUGUUGCUUUAAUUUUCAUUUGUGAAACUUGUCUAAACUGAACCCCAUAAAACCUGAAAACCUAAACAAUUAGACCUUCCAAAAAAUGCAAAUCUGUGUAAACUGAAACCCUAAACAUGGAACCUGUGUAAAGCUUGAGAUUGGAAAUAUUGUGAAUAUUGUUGUAGAAGUCAUUUAACCCUUCUUAAACAAAAACAAAAUAUGCAGUCACAGAAGAGUUUGCCUUAAACAGGUUACAGAGUGUUUCAGGGUUUUAUUUACAGCAGUUACUUUUUCAUGAUUGUCUUAAUGAUUUUAUUUUGUGUGAGAUAUUGUUGUGAAGGGCUAUUCAGUAUCCGUAGACUGUCAGACUAAAGACAGUUCCAUAAUCAACUUGUGUUUGUGGAUAGUGUGAGGUGAGGCUGCCUUUAGCCAUACUGGAUCUGUUAGAAAAAAAAAUAUAUUUCUCCGGAGUGAAUAUCUUGAACAAUAAAGAAUAAGUGUUACUGCUUUAUAGAAAUAUUUGAUUGUCUUCAACUAUUAUUUGUCAAUUGAGUUUUACCAAUUGUUUUGUCUUUUUAUGUUAUGUGUUAUUUUAUUUGUUAAUGUCUUUUUUUAACAUUUCAGUGGAAUAACUAGAAAGCCUCCUUUCAUGUUUUGAAAAAGGUUGUAAAUAAUAGUAACCAAAUAAACAAAACGUGUUGUCAAUUUAACUUUUACAAUAAGUUUAACUGUUUUGUUCUAUUUUCUGUUUUAAGUUAGACAGAUUCUUAGAUUUCUUAUUCAUUUGGUCAUACAUAUUUUGGUGCUAAACAAAAGUUUCCUUUUUGAGUUUAGAAGUUGUCCAUGUCACAAGAAACCAUCUAAAAUGAAACAAUCAAAUUCACCCAAUUAUCCUGAUUUUUUUCUUCUCAAAAGUUGAGAAAUAUUAAAUAAUGUUUUCUUUGUGACUGCUCUACUUUCUCAUGUCUAAUCUGUUAAUGUUGUACAUAGGCGAAUUCAGGGGCCCUAGGGUGCCCAUGCCCCCUUUUAUGGGAACAAAUUUGGUUGAUUAUAUAAGGAAUCGCUGAAGCACGCCCCCCUCCCCUUUUAGGUCAGACAGCAGGGCCCCCUUUGUGAAAAGUUCUGUAUCUGCAUUGAUUUGAGUUUGUCUCUGACAGUUAGAGGAAAGGGCAACCAUUUACAUUAUGUAUAUAAGAUUAACCUAUUUAUCAGCAAGAGAAAUCACAAUAUAAACCAUUGUUUCUAAUAUGUUUUAGAUUAUUUCUUCUGAAUUAUCACAUAUUUCUUAAAGAAAUGUAAUAUUGCUUGAGUUUCAGUUGAUUUUAUUUCAUCAACAAAUUUUUGGGAUAUUCUUAUAACCCUGAAUCAGUAAAGAUUAUGAACUGCAAAAAUAGAUAAUAGAAUGAAAUUAGUAUAUAAGUAUUGUAUUUUUUUAGGAAGCAAUUGAAAUUUUAAAUGCUUUUAAAAUUAACAUUUUAAAGUACUUUUAGAUAAAUGGGAUUACAAGGUGUUUGUAGCAAACAGGAAGUUUUGUUAUUUUUAGCAAUCUACUAUAAAUUCAUUGCGUGCAUUUAUAAUAGCGAUUUUGUCAAUUUGGACUUAAAUGCUAAUUUAAUUGUUGCGAAAUUGAGAAAAGUCAUGUUAAAUUCGUAUUUAAAAUUGUAAUAAUGUUAUAAUGUUAUUAUUUUUGCCAUAAUCUAAAAAGGAACAUAUAUGUCCCUAGUGUGUUCAAAUGGUUGAAGUAAAAUUUAGUUUAGAACCUGAUAAUAUUGCAGUGAAAAUAAUCUUAUUGUACAUAGAUCUAUUUAUCAGGAAAAAAUAUUGUCUGAAAAUAAUGAAAAUAAAAAUGAAUAAAAAACAAGCAUUUAAUGGACACAAGUUUACUAAAAGCACAUUUAUAUGACUUUGCUUCUAACUAUUCAUUUUGCUUUCCAAAUAAUAAUAAAAUGUUAAAUCAUGUAAAAAAAUACUGUUGAUUUAUUUUUCGUUCCUGAUAGUAUGUUUAUUGUACUCUAAUCAUAUGUUUGUUAGAAUGGUGUAUGCAUGUUAUGUGAUGUGUAAUGAAUGCUUUGUUAUCAAAUAAAGUUUUACAAUUUCA